AUGGAAGAAGUGAACCACAAUAACAAGAAGUACAAUGGCAAGAGAGGUGCAGUGGCUGGAGGAGCAGUGCAGCCGAGCAAGGAGGGAAUGAGGUACCGAGGAGUUAGACGCCGGCCUUGGGGCCGUUACGCGGCUGAGAUACGUGACCCUCAGUCUAAGGAGCGGCGCUGGCUUGGCACCUUUGACACGGCUGAGCAAGCUGCCUGCGCUUAUGACAUCGCUGCAAGAGCCAUGCGUGGACUCAAAGCACGUACUAACUUCCAUUACCCUUCCAUUCCUAAUCCCAACCAUGCCUGGAGCUCCUUCUUCAACUGAUACUUUGCUUCUCCCUCAUCUUCGUCAUUCUGACUGGU